AGGGGGGGGUGGACACCAGUGACAAACUGAAUCGGCAAAGGGGUAGGCAAGUGGGAACAAGAGACAGGGCGGAGGGCAGAGAGAGAGAGAGAGAGAGAGAAAGAGAGAGAGAGAAUGACAAGGACAGACUGACAUUCUGGGGGAGGAAAAACAGAGAGAGAGAGGGAGAGAGAGAGAGAGAGAGAGAGAGGGUGGGCACUGGCAUAGAGGGUUGCCCAGUUUCCAAAGAUCUUUGCUGGAAGGACAAGCGAGCCAGACGCCUCCGUGCCUCUCCUCCCGCUCUGACGAGCCCUCCAGCCCUGCAGGUCCAGUGCCCCUGACCCCCCUCCCCAGCUGCACGCCGCAGGUCACCCCCACCGACGCCAGAGCCUGGUCCACACCAAACCAUGAAGAGACCCUGUGACUACAGCUCCCCGGACACGGAUGGCGAGGAGCUCAUCGACGUUGGCCAGGAGGACGCGUUCUGCCCUGUCACCGGCUCCAUCUCCCCAGGCAGCACCUCGCAGAUCCUCGCCCGCAAGAAGCGCAGAGGGAUCAUCGAGAAAAGACGGCGAGACAGAAUUAACCACAGCCUGUCAGAGCUCAGGCGUCUGGUCCCCAGUGCCUUCGAGAAGCAGGGCUCCUCCAAGCUGGAGAAGGCUGAGAUCCUCCAGAUGACAGUGGACCACCUCAAACUGCUGCACGCCAUGGGGGGAAAGGGGUACUUUGACGCCCGUUCGCUAGCUGUGGACUACAGGACGCUGGGCUUCCGGGAGUGCGUGGGGGAGGUGGUGCGGUACCUCAGCUCGCUGGAGGGCAUGGAGGCCCCGGACCCCAUCGGGGCCCGGCUGGUGUCCCACUUGAGCCACUGCGCCAGUGAGCUGGACCCCCUGCUUCAGAGUCCGGCCGGUCUGCCGUUCGGCCCCUGGCCCUGGGCUGCCUUUCCGGGCUCGGCGGCCCCCGCUGCAGCGGCAAGGCCCUUCACCGGACCCCCACCCCGCCGGGAACUGCCAGCCCACACUGCAACUCUUCUGGGCAGCUACCCCACACACAGCCUACGCGCCUCUGCCAUCGGCAGCCUGCCGGCCGCCCCCCCCACCGCCAUGCUGGGCCCUGCCUUGGCCACCGUGCACAGGGUACCCCCACUCCCUUCCCCCACCCACAGACUGUCGCAGCCCUCCCCGGAGUCCCGCGGCACCCCACCCCUCCUGGCUUCCCCACCUCAGCUGUCCUUUAGGCCGUUUGCUCCUCUGGGCUCCGCUUCCGGGCAGCGCCGGUCGGGCACCGGCACCAGCAAGGCCUCGCAGCACUGGAACACGGAGAUUGGAGCCUUCUGAUCCGCUCUCAAGACCUCCAUCCACAACCACUAUCCCCCCAAACCUCCACCCAUCUCAGUGAACUGAAGAUAUAUGCAUUUCACCACGGGAUCCGGUGACUCUCCAAACGGUCGUUUACCUUACAUCCUAGUCGCCUACAUAAUGCUUAUCCAAAACAAUUUCUUUACCCAUAUAUGCAGCUGGACAAUUUACCGAAGCAUUUCAGGUUAAGUGCCUGGCUCAGGGGUACAACAGCAAGAGGAAUGGCGACAUUCAAGUUGCGAGCAUUUGGCUUAAACCUCUACAUGCUGCACGUUAAAGGAGCCUCGGUGUGGGCACCACUGGGAUUUGACCCCAGAACCUCCUGUUCGACAACGCAGUUGUAUAGCGGCCCAGCACACGGAUAUUAAAUAUUCAGCUCAUCGGCACUACAUGUGCAGCCUUCAAGAGAUCCGGGCCGCCGGGUGAUGGACAAGAGGUUCCAGAUGAGGAGAGGAAACUGGAACAAGGUUUAAAACACACAGGAUAGUUUGUCCUGACUCACCCCUUCUUAGGGGUUAAAGGACCCCUCCCCCCAAUAAGCAGUCAGGGUGGGUGGAAAAACUCAGAACGUGCCUCAUCCAAGCUCUCACACCCAAAUAUCUCAGAGUAAUAUUUUAGACAAGAACCGCAACGAAAUUUGGUGUGUCUGUCUUUGGUUUUUUUCCCUGUUUGUUUGUUUGUUUGAUGAUGGAUUGUUUUGCUAAUGCUUUUUCUUCCUUGUAAUUCUGCUUCAGCGUUUAAACACAUUUUAUGAUGUUGAAUGAUCCUUUUAUAUUUGGCGCCUGUUAAGAAGCUUUAUGUUGUGGGCUUGUUGGAUGAUAUUAAAAGGAAUGCUUGAGGAGGCGAGA